GAUAUGCUAAACGCGCAAUACGAUACGCAGGAGCGAUGGUGCGCCCUGCAUGGCUACACCUAUGCAUGCCUUGAGGAGAACAUUGCAGGCAGAACGGACCCCACAUGGUCCAAGCUUCCGCAUGUCCUCAGCCUCCUGCAGAAGGGCGCAGAGUUUGUUUUCUGGAUGGAUGCAGACUCCCUCUUCAUAUCUGACGCUGUGGACCUGCAAUGGGCUUGCGAACUUGGCAAGGACUUUGUUUUUGCUGGAGACCUGAAU